AUGUUACCUCGACUUCUUCUCUUACUACCCUCAAUAGCGGUAUUAUGCCAACAAAACUCCCGGAUUCAACCCUCAGGCUACGAAGAAAAUCAAAAAUGGCCGGUUCAACAGCAAAGUGUUCGACAUGAUCUCGAUUCCACUGCCAUGGACCAAUUUUAUGGUGGAAUUACCACGGCCAACAAAGUUGUUAGACCUACGAUCCCUGCAACGAUGGCCAAAUCUCAGCCCACGAAGCCAAAGUAUGACUUUCCGGAAUUCCAUCCAACUCUUGAUGGUAAGUAUGAUAUAAAAGUGAAAAUAUACGGGGAAAACUAAAUAUAAAAUUGUAUAAUUGUGUGUAGUUACAUUCCAGUAAUGCAAAAAAUUAGUUUUUCCAGAAAAAUCUAGAAAAUCCAACAUAUUUUAUGCUGGUGACAUUUUAUACGAUGAACAAAUUUUUCGUAUAAAAUGUCACCAAAUGAAAAUACAGUUUGUAGCUUAUAUUCUAAGCUCUGAAAAAAGACAGAUCAAUCAUUUCCUAACAGAAAUACUCAUUUUGUAUUAGGUGACAUUUUAUACGAUGGCUUAAUUUUUCGUAUAAAAUGUCUAUCUUCCCCCGGAGAAUGAAAUAAAAAAAUCGCGAAGUCGCUAGAUGGACAAAAUGCCGGACAAUUACUAAGUCUAGUAAUUUUUAAUCAGCUAUUUCUGUCGUUUUCAGAGUUAACUUCAAUUCUUCCCGAGCCUUCGACCACUCCUUUCCCUCAAACUGUUUACCGCACGACCACAACCACAUCUCGCCCAACAACAACGCCCCGAGUGAUCUUCAAUCAGCAAUCUACCAUUCCUUCAAGAAGUCGGAACCGUCAACCGUUCGCCGAAAAUCGCGAUAAGCCCGAAAGAUUGUAUCAAAAUGUCGGGCAAAACUUUGAAUUAAAUUUCGACCGGAGCCCGGUAAAUUUCCAGAAAGAUGAGAGAAGACCUCGUCCUAGCCCUAACGGCCCAAGGAAUGACCAAAGAGCGCGAGUGAGUCAACGAAAACCUGAGAUUGAAGAGAGCAAUGACGUGUAUGCCAUGGUGACCAAGCAAUCUCUCGAUUAUUUGCGCAAAAACAUGCCGCAAACUGCAAAUCGUGGAAGUGGACGGCCUACAGUACCCACCAAUCGUCAGUUCACAUCGCCUGAGGGCAGUAAUCAACAGUUCUGGGCGCAGAAUCGGCAAGGAUUUAGAGAUCAGCAAAAUCUCCCAACUUUUGCCGGGAUCCAAUCAAAUCUCGGAUAUCGGAGUGGAGAGAUGCCUGAGGGCUACCGAACUGGACCAGAAUUUACCGCAAGCCCUGAGAAGCCCUACGGAAAUAAUAGAUCGCCCUAUUCCGCAGAACGCCCGGACAUUCGACCAUCGCCAGCUAUCGACCAACAAGGCUAUGAGGCAAAUUCAAAUGCCAAUUAUAACGCCCCAGGGCAUUAUGGUCAUGUCGCGUUCAACUCAAGCAGAGAUCGAGCUCUACAAUAUGCCUCGGAUCAAGCAGAACCCCCAAUAUAUGAACCACAACGAGAUACUCGCCUUCCGGCGUCAGCAUCUCCUUAUGAUCAGAUCCCACGAAGAGAUACGAGAAUUCUGCCGGGAAGAACGCAAUUCCAGCCAACUAGAGAUGACUAUACCGCUCCACUAAGUCGUAAUCCUCAUCAGAAUCCGUUCAACACCGAUGAGAAUCGAGAUAUCACGGACUUACGGACACACGAAGGCGUGGCACCAAUUCAGCCAAUAAACAGCCAAAGAGACCCUCAAUUUGCUCCGAACGAUGGAAGGUACGGCUACAAUAUCGAGUCCGGCAAUCAAUUUGGCAGUCAGCUUCCAGGUUAUGCUGGUAACAACUUCAACCGAGACAACGGCCAAAACCGACAGCAGAUUUUGAGAAAUGGACCAAAUGAAGAGACUGGGUACGUAACUGCUCGACCUCCAUUCACCUCGUCGAACAAUGAUGAAUACGGCAAUUCGGAGAGCAGUAGACGACCUCAGUUUAAUUCUGAUGCAGCAAUAAACAGCUAUGGGUCACCAUCAAACCGAAAUACAGUAGGAUUUGGAGCACAAGAGGAUCAGGAAAGAACAACUACAGAGGCGACAAUUUCGACGGGUGAAACUCCAGAAAUUACUGCUGAAUCGGCUACUCAAGGUAGUAAUAGGCCUUUUGAGGGCUCUAGAGUUACUGUAGAAGGCAAUAGGGAUACGACGAAUCAGCGAACCUGGUCGAAUCGACCAAAUUCCCAAACUCGACCAAAUUUGAUGCAAGUCGAAAGAAGUGGCUAUAAUUUGCCCGGAGGGCAAGGAAGAAACCUCAACCAAGAUCCAAGAUACACCCAAUUCAAUGCUGAUUCAGCACCAGGAAGCCUACAUCCAUCGACUCGAAAGCCUUCCGGAUUUGCCGGAAUUAUUAUCGGACCAACUCAAGGCGCAGGUCCCUAUGAAAUCGAGAAUUCCGGAUAUCAAUCAAACCAGAAAGCAUCCCAUGUUUACGAACAGUACACUAGACCCAAUCUACAGCAGAAUAAAGACGGAGGAUAUGAUGGAGCCACUGUGAGUGGUCAAAACCGACCAACAAAUCGACCAACCGACAGUUCGGGGUAUGGCCGACAAUACUCUCGGGAAAAUAGCAAUCCCUACGCCGGUAGUCGCUCAAAUUACAGUCCAAGACCUACGCAGUACAAAAGUGAUCCUUACUCUACUACCUCCAACUAUAAUGAAGUAUCUUCGACGCCAAGGAGAGAUCAAACAACGAGGGCGGGAUAUGAACCAUCAACCUCAAGUACUCUUGAUGAAAGCAUCUUCAGCACCACUGCGAAUCCCUAUGAGACACAAUAUACUACAACAAAUAACCCUUACGAUGCAUCAAACACUUCCCCAAGAUCUCAUGGACUGAAUGUCAACCAGCUUCGAAAUACAAAGCCCGUUAGUUCGGGGUACGAUUGGGAGGACUAUGUGAAUCAAUACAAAACUCGGACUCAAGUCAGCAACACCGGCUACUAUCAUCGACCUCAAACCACAACUGGAUCUACAAGACGUCCCACAACGAACCCUUAUGGGCAUAUGGAGAGAACUACGGUCGCAACGCCAUACGAAAGUGUUCAUACGACGGCUUCCAAUCGGGACCCCUUCCCCAUCCCUAGAGCCCUGUUUGUGGUCGAUAAUGGAUAUGAGGGAACGUCGAAGAGCCCGGUCAGUCAAAGCCUGGACUCGGAGAUUAGAAGGCUGAGGGACAAACUGAACAAGAUUGAGGCGUUCACAAAGUACACCUUGGGUAAGUGUGAUAUGAUUUUAUGUAGAAAAAGUGCUCCAAAUUUAGGCAAGAUAAAGCCCAGACAGAAUCAUUAUACUUAGGCAAAACAUGGAGCAAACUGAAUUCAGAUGAUGAAUUUCAGCAAGAUACAGCAUGAUUUUCGAGUAGAACUUGAUAAAUUUCGAAGAAAUGAUGACUAAAUUAAGCAAACUCUUAUAUUCCCUCUCAAAAUCACUGAUAUUGCAGAAUAACCGCCCGUAUUUUACCAGACAUCCGAUAAACUGAUUUAUUUGUAAAUAAAUCCGCAAAAUCCAACAUGAUUUUAGACAACAAAGACAGCCGGACCACCUCCAUCCCAAGAGUUAGCAAUGGAUAUGACGAAUUGUUAUUUAGCAACGAUACUGAUGAACAAUUACUGAAUGGAACUUUGACCACCAUUAUGAGCGACUUUGUGACAAAUGAUACGGUAAGCAGAACGAAUUUUGCCUCUGGGCAAGAUUUUAUACGAAGAAAACAAUUUUCGUAUAAAAUGUACCCCUUGGAUAAAUGGAAAACCUUUUGCGGCCGCUAGAUAUUUCCAAUGUUAAGACUUGGCUUAUUUCGCACGUCUAACUUGAAACUUUUUUCUUUUUUAUGUCGGGCGACAUUUUAUACGAUGAAGAAACUUUUCGUAUAAAAUGUCACUAUUUUGAAAAUGGAGAACAUUUUGCGGUUGUUGGUAAUUUUUGAUGUUAAACCUUGGCUGAUUUGACACGGCUAACAUGAAUUUGUUUUAUUCUUUGACCCGGCGACAUUUUAUACGAAAAAUAAAAAUUUUCGUAUAAGAUGUCCCCAAGACUUGGUUUUUGGAAAAAAUCAAAAUAAUAUUGUGAAAUUGGUCGUUUAAUACCAUCCUAUGUAAUUUUUUCUCCAUUAUGACAUUCUCCGUCACUUCUAUUAACCUUAUUUUAGGACGCCAACGACACCACCAAAGGCCCCUCCAAUUCACAGAAAACCGAGGUCAUUCUUCCCCACAGCGUCACCGUCAUCGAACCCAGCCACACGCAUCCCACAACAACCACCGCUGCCGCCGAAACAACAUCGUUGACCUUUUUGGGGACCACGGAAUCCGCCGAAACCACGGAGCUGCCCGCUACAACAACUGAAGCCAACACGUUGAUCAGUCUGGCCAAGGAACAGGAAAUCGGAAAAGAUGAGGUCUUAGACGACACCACUGCCAAACUUUUAAAGGCUCUACAUGAAGAUUUGCUGGUCAAAAAAGGCGACAAAGAGGGAAAUGUCAGCAGAAGUCAAGACGGAAAAGAUUUGGUAACAGUGGAGAAAACGGUCAUGUUACUUACUUUACCCGAAAGUAAUGAGACGAUUUCUGGUGACGUGAUGGUCGUAGAAAGUGAGUUAGACUGUAUUUUGAAAUUUUUGUGGAGGUGACAUUUUAUACGAAAGAAAUUUUUUCUUCGUAUAAAAUGUCACCCCGGGUCAAAAGUGUUUUUACAUUAAUGAAAGGUUAGGAAGAUGCGUAUUUUACAAUUUCUUCGUCACUUUUUCAGUGAGUGACAUUUUAUACGAAUGAAAAAUUUUCGUCGUAUAAAAUGUCACCCCGGACAAAAAUUUGAUAAUGUGCAGAAAAAUUUGAGACAUACGAAGAACACUUUUUUAGUGCAUUUUACGAAACUUGCUACAAAAAUCUAAUUAGGUGACAUUUUAUACGAAAACCUUAUUCAACGUAUAAAAUGUCACCAAAUUUCUGCAGACUAAAAAUAAUGAUACUCUAGAGAACUCUACCGCCUCAACCACGGAAACCGUCUUCCCGCCAGUCGACGACUCCACUACAAUGGCUUCAACGACCAUCUCAACGGUCGAUGACGCCACUGCAACUGGGAAUGCUACCGUAUCCGAGAUUGAUGACGCCACAAACACCACAACAUUAGCUCCAAUAGUAUUUCCAGCGCCUAAACAGGGCGAGGGAAAGCCAUCUAUGACAAUUUAA